CUCGCCUCCCCUGGUCAUCCACGUAGAUCGAAGAAUGGAUGAAAGAGCAAAACCCUAGCCUCCGACCAUCCCAACUCCCACUCCCAUAGUCGGAUAUCCUGUCGCCGCCAGACCUCCGCCGCCGCACGCCCCAUUUCCGCCGGUCACUUGGAUCCUUUCUAGAGGCUGUUUUUCUUCUUCACCUUCUUUUCCAAAUCUCCAAAAUCCUUCAAUCCUAAAGGACCCAUAUAUAUAAUUCCGUCGCCCCUGCCCGCUCUCCACCUUCUCCCGCCGUCAUUCCUCCGUUACCAUGGUGGCAGCCGACAAAACCUCCUUCCCUGUGAAGCCUAAACUCAAACCAACCCACCGGAAGUCUACAUCCACCCCAGAAUCUAAGUACUGGAAGUCAUUCAAAACCCCAAAGGAGCUACCGGCCCAAACCCCAGGCCCCACCAUCACCUCCGUCUCAUUCUCCCCUACACCGCCCUACGAUUUCGCCGCCACUCAUUCUGCUUCUGUGUCUAUCUACUCCGCCCAGUCCUUCGAACGCAAGACCAUAUCGUCUGCCUUCAAAGACACUGCCACAUCAGCCACUUUUCGCUCCGAUGGCCGCCUGCUCGCCGCUGGCGACAUUUCUGGCUCCGUCCACGUAUUCGACCUCAAAUCCCGAGUCCCAUUGCGGCGCCUCCUCGGCCACUCCCGCCCUGUUCACGUCGUCCGCUAUCCCCGGGCGGACAAGCUCCACAUUUUUUCAGGCGGCGAUGAUGCUAUUGUGAAAUAUUGGGAUGUCACUACUGAGGCUCUGCUUGGUGAUCUCUUGGGUCACAAGGACUAUGUCAGAUGCGGCGACUCCUCUCCGGCAAGCAACGACAUGUUUAUCUCUGGCUCAUAUGAUCACACUGUCCAGGUUUGGGAUGUUAGGGUCAAGAACUCGGGUUCGGUGAUGAAAAUCAACCAUGGAAAUCCAGUGGAGGAUGCAAUUUACCUGCCCUCCGGCGGGUUAAUCGCAACUUCCGGUGGAAAUUCCGUUAAAAUCUGGGACAUCAUCGGCGGCGGGAGAUUGCUGCACACAAUGGAGAGUCACAACAAAACGGUGACAUCUCUCUGCGUCGGUAGAGUGGGGAGAGAAACAGGGGAAGAGUCGAACCAAUAUCGGAUUUUGAGUGUUUCCCUAGACGGGUACUUGAAAGUUUUUGAUUACUCCAAGUUCAAGAUCACAUACUCAAUGAGAUUCCCAAACCCACUCUUAUCUGUCGCAUUCUCGCCGGAUUGCACCACGAGGGUGAUCGGAACUUCGAACGGCAUUCUCUAUUUCGGGAAGAGAAAGCCCAAAUCCCAGCCCACCGGGGAAGAGGCUCUCCUGGGUGGUCCCCGAAAUCGGUCAUUGAGACCGUCCUUCGUCAGGUACUUCACGAGGGGGCAAAAUGAGAAACCUUCGGAAGGGGACUACACGAUCAAGAGGAAGAAGAAGGUGAAGCUAGCAGAACAUGACAAGCUGCUGGGUAGAUUCAUGCACAAGGAGGCAUUGUUGGCGGCUCUGAAAGUGAAGAACCCGGAGUACGUGGUGGCGGUCAUGGAGGAGCUGGUGGUCAGGAAGAAGCUGCUGAGGUGCGUGUCGAAUCUGGAGGGGGAGGAGAUGGGUCUGCUGCUGAGGUUUCUUCAGAGGUACUUGACGAUGCCAAGAUACGCCGGGCUUCUGAUGCCGUUGGCCGGUAAGGUUAUUGAGAUGAAGGGUGAAGAGAUUGGGGCAUCUGAUGCAUUGAAAGCCCACAUUAGGAACCUGAAGAGAGAUGUUGAUGAAGAGGUUAGGAUACAGGUGAUGUUGCAGGAGAUACAGGGCAUUGUUUCUCCCUUGUUGAAGAUUGCUGGAAGGAGAUGAAAAAAAUAAAAGUAAUUUUCAAAUGCAUUGUCUUAUGCUUGGAAGACUGGUUUUGUUUUCUUUUUUGUGUUCAUGCUUUGGAUUCAAUUUGAGAGUGAUAUGGUAAACAAUUUUCAAUGUACACUGCUAGACUAAAUGCUAGUUUUCUCU